CAAAUAUUAUUUUCUAGAGAUUUAUUAGCAUCAUUUGAUAAAAAUAAGUUUCGUGAUAUCGAAUUGCUUCGAUUUGUUGUCUUAUCAUUAUGUUUACUUUAUAUUCUACAUCAAUUAAAUCGCGCUAUAUGUUAAAAUGUCUCAAUAUGUUAUUCUGAUGUAGUAAAUUGUGCAUUCGGCAUACAGUUUAAUGCAACGUUGCCAGAACGACCUACGUUUGUGUUUGUGCUGGGAAGAAUAUUCAGAUGGUUGAAAUGGAAGCUGUGGUAAUAGGCGUUAUUAACAUCCUUACUGGCAUAGUCCUGGCAGUUUUGUAUGUACAACACUGCUAUUCAUACUGGAAAAGGAGGAAUGUUCCAUAUUUGACGCCAAAGUUCCCUUUAGGCAACCACCAUACUUUGUUUCCUAAAGGCAUUUCUAUCGGGAACGUAUCUAGAGAGUUUUACAAUGAGUUCAAGAAGAAGGGGGUUAAGCUAGGAGGAAUUUAUAUGGGACUGCAACCUCAACUAGUGGUGACAGAUCCGUUGCUUGCGAAAAACGUUCUUAUCACUGAUUACCAGCACUUUGAUGAUAGAGGCAUUUAUAAGACUAAGAGCGCCCCUAUAACAGUCAACAUUUUUGCACAGGCUGGAUCAGAAUGGAAAAAUGCAAGGAGCAAGUUUACGCCAACAUUUACCGUGGCAAAAAUGAAAAGUAUGUUCGAUACGGUUCGCAAAUGUAGUGAAAUUAUGGAACAACAUCUUUUGGAAACUGUUGAUGAGGAUUCUAACAAGGAUAUUGAGAUGUUGGAAGUUAUGGCAUGUUUCACAACUGACGUUAUCGGGGCCGUCAUAUUUGGCAUAGACUGCAACAGCUUCAAGCAUCACGAUGCAGAGUUCAGAAAAAUGGGCCGGCACCUUUUCGAAGAAUUCCACUACAUCGAUGGUUUGAAGCUUUUCCUCACAAUCUACUUACCUACGGUGUCGGACUUUUUCGGAGUGUCCAACAUUCAGACAGGAGUCACAGACUUUUUCACUAACAGCGUCAAAGAAGCUGUCGAAUACAGAGAGAAAACUGGAAUGAAAAGGCCGGACUUUUUGCAGACACUCUUGGAUAUGAAGGCAGAAGGAAAAUUGACGUUUGAUGAAGUCGUCGGACAGGCUUUCCUAUUUUUUGCUGCGGGUUUCGAAACGUCCUCAAAUGCGGGCACCAUGUGUUUGUACGAACUGGCCUUGCAGCAAGAUUUGCAGGACAAAGUAAGGGCUAAUAUCCAUUCCAUACUCAACAAAUAUGAUGGGGAAGUAACGUAUGAUACGUUGAACGAAAUGAAGUACCUGAACCAAGUUUUCGAAGAAACUCUUCGUCUUUGGCCUCCUGUAUCCACAUUGACCCGUGUGUGUUCCAAGGAUUAUACUUUUCCUGGAACGGAAGUGUCGAUCGAGAAAGGUGUCAUGGUACUAGUACCCUUAUUGGCAAUGCAAAGAGAUCCAGACUAUUGGCACGAUCCUUUGAAAUUCGACCCUGACAGGUUCGAAGAUGAAAUUGAUAAGAAUUUGCCUUACUGGCCUUUUGGAGAAGGACCUAGGAAUUGUUUAGGUACAAAGUUUGGAUACAUGCAAGUGAAGAUGGGCAUUGUGCAAAUCUUGAAAAACUUCAAAGUUACUUUGAGUCCAAAAACGAAAGUACCAGUGCAGUUGCAUCCAGAAACAUUUGUACUACACACGACAGAAACAAUAUUCUUCAGGCUAGAGAAAAUAUGAAAUCUGAUGAUGUAGAAAAUGAAUAUAUCGUUUUUCUUGAG